AUGGAAGCAACAACAUCGAAAACCCUCCUCAUGUUUUGGCUACUCGUCACCUGCAUUGCUGCAGUUUCAUUGGGAUCACCAGUGGAAACCCAAGGUUUUGGGGGAUGCCUCAUGUCGUUCGCAAGUGUAAAAGGUUGCGUUGAGGCAAUCCACGAGGUCGUUUCGCACGAGAAGUUCGAUGCACUCCAACCUAAAUGCUGCAAAGCAAUCAUUAAGCUGGGCGACAAUUGUUGGCCAAUUGUUUUUCCCAAUCAACCUUGCCUUCCUGUCUUACUCAAGACCGUUUGUAAGGUUUUAGGGAUGGUUGUGAAAGUUGAGAAUGUUGCAGCAGCACCUUGA